AUGGCUGACAAUAUUACACUGCCAAGAGAUCACUUCCUAGCACUCGUCAGAAGAAUAGAAGAUGCCGAACGCCCAUGUUCGAAUACUAUUACCAUUCCUAUCGACGAGUAUGAGAGCUUACGAAAUGCCGUUGCCGAGUACCAGGCCUUAAAGGAAGCACUUGUGAAUGCUGGAACGCCAGUCGAGUCCAUCGAUCUCUUGAUCAAUGCCACAAGGGAACCAUUGACCCCUACCAGCGACGAUGACACUACGCUCGACGGGACGACGCUUUCGAGUAGAACCACUGUGUCGACAUGCAGAAGCUUCGACAAGCAAUACUGGACCAAGGCAGUUGCACCUCCCCCACAGAACUUCUCGUGGGGCAAGUCAUGGCGACCAAGUGGUCGGGGACCAGCGAUCUCUUUCUGCGAAGACGAGGAAAGCAGUUGCAUUGAAGAGUGCAUGGAUGAAACGCCCAUUGAGCCACAGCAAUUCCAGACAUGUCGCAAAGAUCGCUCAUUGGUGUUGACAGGCUUGUCUAAGGACGCAACGUUGAUAGAUGUACUCAAACACAUCAGGGGUGGAGCAAUCCUCAAUGUCUUCCUGAAGCGACAUGACCAGACAGCACAUGUCUCAUUCGUCGAGUCAGCCGGCGCGGAGAGCUUCAUCAACCAUGUCAAGAGAAACGAUCUAUAUAUCAACAGCAAGAGAAUCACUAUAGCCUGGAGUGAGAAACAAUAUUACAUGACUGGCGGUAUUGCAAGGCGCAUCUUCUGCAACGGUGCAACACGUAACCUGGUCAUUCGCUUUCCGAAGCCAGAAGUCACAGAGAAGAUUGUUCGGGACGACCUAGAGCACAUUCAUCUUCUCGAGGUUGUCUCCGUGACCUCCAAAGACGGUCACUUCUGGAUUUCUCUCAAUGGUGUGACUCAUGCGGUCACAGCCCGAGGUUGUAUGAUGUCCAGAUCACGCUAUAAGAGCUCUCGGAUUGAGUUCUGGCAAGACGAAUGCGCUCAAGCACUGCCAACCACCACAACGCCUCGGGUCCUAACAUCAAAGCCUUCGAACCACAAGGUAAAAUCCUCCGUCAAUCGGUUCGAUGUUCUUCUCAGUGCGGACGAGUGGUAG